AUGGCUUUUCGACUCAGUCUGCUUCACUCGACCCUCGCAGCGUUAGCGACUGCGUACCUUGCAUCGAGAACGGUCGGGGGUCCUGUCGGUCGUUACCUCGCCUACCUCUUACCCACGUCGCUGGCAGUCUACCUUCUGUUCUGGUCGUGGCUGUGGCCAUUCUACAUCUCGCCGUUGCGGAAGGUGCCAACAGUCCCCGGCUUUCCGCUCUGGGGCCAGUUCCGAGAGAUCAUCACCCAGGAAGUCGGCGUGCCUCAGAGAGAGUGGCACAAGCGACAUGGGCCUAUCAUCCGGUACUUCUUCCCGCUCGGGAACGAACGUCUGUCCAUCGCGGAGGACGAUGCGCUCAAACACAUGACGUUGCGCAACACCUACAAUUACCCGAAGCCGCUCAGGGCGAAGCUCUGGAUGUUGCGUAUCCUGGGUGAGGGCGUGCUUCUUGCCGAAGGCGACGAGCACGUCCGCCAGCGCAAAGCGCUUGCUCCGGCAUUCUCCCAGCGGUCGAUCAAGGACUUGACUCCGUGGUUCUGGCGCAAAGGCAUGCACUUGGCCAACAAGUGGCAAGAGGAGUUUUCGUCAGGCGUCAAGACCAGCUCUUUCGAGGUGUUGGAAUGGCUCAAUCGGACCACGCUCGAUAUCAUUGGCCAGGCAGCUUUCGGAACAGAUUUCAACUCCUUGGAUUAUCCCGAGACGCCGCUUCGUCAAGCGUACAGGAUGGUGUUCGCUUUCGACCUCAGCUCCCGCAUCUUGCACGGACUGCAGUCCUUCAUUCCCGCAACCAAGCACAUCCCUUCGAGAAUGAAUUCGGACAUGCAGGCAUCGCGGGGGAUAAUCGUGGACGAGGCCAAUGCAAUCAUCGAGUCAAAGUACGACCAGGCGGACAAGCAGUCGAAGGACAUUCUGUCUCUGAUUAUCCGCGACAACGAAAAUGCGCAAUCGCAAGCCGACGAGCUCAGCUUCGAGACGCUUCGGGACCAGAUCAUGACGUUCCUGGGAGCGGGCCACGACACCACGGCUACAGGUGUGGCAUGGACGCUGCACCUUGUAGCCAAGCAUGCGGAUGUGCAGACAAAGCUCCGGGAGGAGAUCCGAGAGCACAUGCCGCAGCUUUUCGACAGCGAGGCACGCCGCACCGUGGUCGAUCGAAGCAACGAUUUCGACGUUGAUCGCCUUCCUUAUCUUGACAACGUGUGCCGAGAGAGCCUGAGGUAUAUUCCGCCUAUUCCGAUGACCGUCCGCGAGGCCAAGGAGGAUGACUACCUGGGCGGAUACUUCGUCCCGAAGGGCACGACGGUAUACGUCCUGGCCAACGCCAUCAACCGCCUCCCACAGUACUGGGGCGAGACGGCGGACGAGUUUCUCCCACAGAGGUGGGAUAAUCUGCCCAAGACGUGGACCAGCAACGCCUACAUGACGUUUCUGCAAGGCGCGCGGGGCUGCAUUGGACGCAAGUUUGCGGAGACGGAGAUGAAGGUCAUCCUGUGUUGUCUGCUGAGUGCGUUUGAAUUUGCUCCUCGAACAGACCUCGAGUCGCCGGAGGACUUGAAGAUGUGGAGGUUGGUGCUGCGGCCUCGCGAUGGGGUGACGCUGAACGCGAGCUUGUUGGCGGGAAGGGCCGGCUGGUAG